CAAAGCUCAUUCAGUGUCUGCACAGACAGACAAACAAUAGUCAGUGAGUCAGUGAGUCAGUCGGCCACAGAGGUCUGUCUGUCUCGCAUGCACACGUGUUCUUUCCGCGCACACACGCUGACAUCCCCCCAUUAAUUAGUCAGGGGCUCUUCUCGGCAUCGACCAGAUGGGGAGGGAGGUGGAGGGUCAGAAUGCCGUCAAUCUCAUUCACCACAGGCCUGUCAGGCAGGACACACAGUGCAAUCAAUGCAAUCAAGCCGUGAUGGAACCCACAAGCACGGACGCGGCAUGUGCGGUGCGCGUGUGGGUAUGUCAGUCGGGUGUCCUGCAUGCCUGCCUGUCUGCCUGCCUACCUGAGUUGGCAGAGGAGUGCGUUGACUUCUCUGGUGGCCUCCUCGAGACUUCUGUAGCCGAAACGCCUGAACACACAAAUGAACCAACAAGACAACCGGCAAUGAGCCACCGCUGGGCUGAUCCUUCUUCAACCCUUCUUUGGUUCCUUGGCUUACUUGAGUAGUUCUUCUCGGGAGGGGACCAGGCCCAUAGCCAUGCUGCAGAUGUUGCGGGCCCAAAACCCUGUAUGUGUACAUGCACAUGUGAGGGGGGGAAUGACACAAACAACCAACAACCAACGCAGCCAAACAAUGGUGCGGUGAUCGCAUCAGUCCGUCAGUUAGGUCGCUUCGGUGACGGGCUUCCAUCAGUCUAUCGGCACGUGCAUACCGUGGUAGGGCUCGAGCACCCUGGUGUAGGUUUCCUGUGCGCACUUUUUGCUCGAGUGGUCUGGCUUGAGCAGCAGCAGCUCCAGGAAGGUGCACACGAAGUCCAACGCACGCUUCAGCCACAGAGUGGAGCGGGUGCCGCUCUUCUUGUCCUCUAGAAUGGCAUCAGGACCCCUGUGUGCACACAUACAAGGUAUGUAUGGAUUUGCAGACAGCUCAGCUUUGUUCAAGGGCAUGACCGACGGACUUGUGUGCGAUUUCGGCUUCGACCAUGGUGCGGAUGGUCUCGUUGACGGCGGGCUGCUCGAGGAACCGAUGCCGCACCUUGUCGGCCGUGCCACUCAAAUCAUCCUGACGCGACACGUCAGGCGGUAGAGGCCACCCCACCCACGACAGGCACAGAUCACAUCGAGACAGUCCAGACAGGCAGACAGACACACACACUCAGAAGGCUAGGCUUACCUACCUUGAGUAUUUUGGAUAUCAUCCCCGCCCCGAACAGUUUGUCAUAGACGGGCAGCAUGCCCACCGCACCCUCACACGUAGCCACUGCACCCAACACAACACAGAGAAACAACGCCUCACAAGUGCCGCCGCGGUACUUGGGAAUUUGUGGCUGCUGCUCACGUGUGAGUAUUUCUCCGGGUUUGCUGCGCGCCUCCUCAAACGUCUUGCCCAUCUGCAUGAACGAAAACCUAUCGGCGUGGCCAUCCUGCAAUGCAUCGAUACACAAAGGAAAGACAGAUGACAUCAAUUGUGUGGUGUGGGCACGGGGUUAACGGGAAGCGCAUCGGCACGAGGGAGGAGUCCAUCAAAAAGAAUGCAUCAUCAAUCAUGCCAUGACUGGACAGAGAGACCAGAGCGUGUUUAAUUGCCUUUCAUGUAUGGACCUGAUGCGCCGCUGCAGGUGACCCUCCCCACCACAUGCUUCCCGUUGUGCCGUUCAUCGGUUGUUCUUUU